AUUUAUCUAUAUACAUAUUUGUACAGUGAUUCGUUGACAUGUGAAGAGGUUAUAUUUCUUCGGGUUUCUCAUUCUAUUCGCCUUAUCUACGAUCGCACUGAAAAAGUAGUUUAAUGAUAAUCCUGACAUGAAGAAUACGUAGAGGAAUAACAAGCGAUAGUGCACGCAACAAAACCCCAUUGUUAGGAGUUAUUAUUGAAUUACUAAAUUUCUAUGACUGUGGAUUGUCAAAAAAUCUAAAGCAAGGCAAUGGGUGCAACGCCAAGUAGAUACGAUGAUCUAUCCAAGAAUGUUCAUUUGGAAAGAUUUUGCGGGAAAAAGAGUAUACUUCCAAAUGAUCCAUUCUGGAAUAAUUUUUUAUCUUAUAACAUAAGGCCACCUGUGACAAGAAAUGACCAAAUAGAAUUAGAUUCUCGCUUAGAUUUUUCAUGCCGACAGUUACUUGCAAAUAAUUUAAGUACUGGCAACUUGGGCAGCUUGAUACAAGUUGCCCUUAUACGUGCUAACAAUUUACUUGCCCCGAUGCAGAAUCAAAAAAUCAUAUCAGCAUGGCAAACGUACAAUGCGCUCUUUGCAGUGAGAUGUAUAUUAAAAUAUUUAAUUGAAACAAUCGGUGAAGAGGAGAUGAUAAAGCACAUAGAAGCACCUCAGCUACCAACGCCGACAAGUUCAUGUUACAGACUAGAAAAUCUUUUCGAAUCAUUGGUUGACAUUAUAACUUUUGUGCCAUUAUGCGAAUUCACAUAUGUCGUUCACCUGGAGGCAAUAAACUGUUUACUGGUGCUACUGUCCGUGCAGUUGUUCUCUCAAACAGCAGCUGAAUACAGUUGCAUCUACAGAAUAGCGAUGCACUCGCAGUCUAGUGAACAUGCGUCAGCGAUGGUAUGCACACUGUUGCAUAACUUUGUGCAGCAGGAACAUGCUCCUCCUGGUAUCCUUACACAGCAAGCAGGAGGGAGCAUCGUUUUCAGUAUAGCUGCCGGAUUGUGGAAUGUAAUUACUAUGGGCAUAGGCAGGGGUAGCAGUUUAAAAAACGUGCAAGUUGCAAAUAGUGGUAUCUCCGAGGAAGAAGAACGAAAACGUGAUACAGAAACACCUCUCGCUAGUCAAUCAUUAUUACUAUUAUUGGUGCUGACCAAUCAUUGUACUGCAACUCAGAAUCCCUAUAGAAACGCACUUUUUACGUUCACAGAUAUGCAAGAGGAGUUUUCCACGAUGCAAGGAAAAGGUGCAUUUAGAUUUAAUUUGAAUAAAUUGUACAACACUAUUUGUAAAAUACCAAAUACGGAUGAAAUCACAUUAUUAUUAUAUAUGCUGCUACAUAGAAAUCCAAAUGUAAAGCAAGACAUUAUGAAGAGACCAGACAUACAAUUAUUGGUAACACCGAUACUUCAAAUAUUAUAUCAUGCUCCAAACAACACGUCACAUCAUAUUUACAUGUCUCUUAUUAUCCUACUAAUUUUAAGCGAAGACGAAGUAUUUAAUAAAAGGAUACACGAAAUUAUGCUUAAAGGUGUGAGUUGGUAUACGGAGAGAUCGAUAAGUGAAAUAUCUUUAGGAGGUCUCUUAAUUCUUGUGGUGAUAAGGACCAUACAGUAUAAUAUGUUUAAAAUGAGGGACAAAUAUCUUCAUACGAAUUGUUUAGCAGCUUUGGCAAACAUGUCGGCACAGUUCACAUCGUUACAUCCGUACGUUAGUCAACGAUUGCUAAGUUUGUUUGAAACUCUUGCAAAAAAGCAUGCUAGAUUAGAAGCAAAAAUACGCACACAGCCUUCAGUCUCUUCCGAUAGUACUACUGUCACAAUCAAUGGAACGACGGCGAACACAGAUUUGGUAAAGUUUACAAUCCAAGAUUUAACGAUACUUGAAGAAGUUCUACGAAUGGUACUAGAAAUUUUGAAUAGCUGUUUAACUCACAGGCUUGCACACAAUCCAAAUUUAAUAUAUACCCUUUUAUAUAAAAAAGAUAUUUUUCAACCAUUCAGAAUGCAUUCGGCCUUUCAAGACAUCGUACAAAAUAUAGAUUCUGUCAUAAAUUUCUUCUCUUAUAAAUUGGAACAGAAAGAGCAAUCGCAACUUGGCGUGAGCCAAGUAUUAACUACGAUUCAGCAAGGUACUAGCGAAUGGCCCUGUGAUCGUUUAAGGAGAUUUCCAGAAUUAAAAUUUAAAUAUGUAGAAGAAGAGCAGCCAGAAGAAUUCUUCAUUCCUUACGUAUGGAGUGUUGUUUGCCAAAGUGCGCUCUUACAUUGGAAUGCGGAAAAUAUAAAAUUAUUUUCACCUCAGACUGGAGAACAAACAGCGAUCAUCGUCUGCUGAUACUGAGAUACGGGCUGCUGUGUGCAGUAAAAUAAAUACGAACUAAAGAAUAUCGAAAAUCGGUAUUACCUUGUCAUGAAAUGUUUAUUUGAUACAAAGAAAAAAAUAUAUUAUUUAUUGUAAAGUUGAACAAAAUAAGAAAAAUAGAGAUUAACUUAAACAACACA